AUGAAGAAGAAGCAUUUUGAGUCGUUCCUCUCGCAGAUUGAGACAUUUCAAAACUUCAAAAUUCAAUUAGAGCAGUAUUCAACGAGUGUUGAACUUGCAGAAGCAAUAUUGAGUGUAAUCGCAGAGGAAGGAUGUAUUAAUGAUUGCACUGUGGCAGAUUUAGGCUGUGGUCCUGGUAUAUUGCUUUUGGGUGCAGUUAAACUUGGUGCAAGUUAUGGAUUAGGUGUUGAAAUUGAUGAAGAAGCAAUCGUCAUUUGUCAAAGUAAUAUUGAACGUUGUAAUUUGGGAAAUAGUAUUGAUGUGAUUUAUUUGGAUGUUACGAAAAAUAUCAGUGCUUUAAGGCAUAAAUUUGAUACUGUUAUCAUGAAUCCACCGUUUGGUACCAAAAAUAACACAGGCAUAGAUUUGCGAUUCGUUAAAGCUGGUUUAUCGAUUUUAAAGCAAAGCGGAAAACUUUUCUCGUUGCAUAAAAGUAGCACAAGGCAAUAUAUUGCUAAAUUCAUCACUUGCAAACUACCUGGCAUCAAUGCUAAAUGCAUUGCACAACUACGUUGGAAUUUACCCGCAACAUAUGCCUAUCACAAACAACAGUCCAUGGAUAUAGAAGUUGAUUUAUGGCAGUUUUCUUUUGAUUCCCAAAGUAUUUCUUCAGAUAAGUAA